GAGAACCUUUGAACUUGACACUGGUUAUGAAGCCGAGUAUGAAGAGGAACCUGGACCAGGUUCAAAUCAUUUUACAAUCCCUGCAAGAUCAAAUACUGAGAUUUUCCUGGCCGAGCCUCUCGAUUACGAGCUUGAUAGAUUUUACAAUCUUACUUUGAUUGUAUAUGAUGACAACGGAGGUACAUCUGCAUUGAAUGAUACCGCCACAUUAUACAUCCAGGUCGAUGAUGCAGAUGACUUGAGUCCAGCAUUUCAGGAUAUCAUUUACACUGAUAGUGUGUAUGAAAAUUUCACUGGUCCGCUAAAUGUGAAUAUAGAUGCUUUUGAUUUAGAUUUUGGAAUAAAUGAGCCAGUAUACUAUAGCUUUGCAGACCCCGACAGAGAGAAUACAACAAUAUUUGAAACAGAGUACUUCCACAUUGAUACCAUCACUGGCGUGUUAACUGUGAUCAAAGAACUCGACAGAGAAGCUACGCAGACUGGUACGAUUACGGAAGUUUUGAGGACUUCUCAAAAUGAUACUCGUGAUUACCAUAUAUAUACAUAUCGAGAUGGCUAUGCUACUGUGGUAGUAACAGUACUUGAUGUCAACGAUAAUGCUCCUAUUAUGAGUUCUCCUAUAUAUUAUGGUGAAGUUGCUGAACAUUCGCUACAGGAUACAAUUGUGUGCGAA